AUGAGCUUGUACGAGUAUGUGGCGCACGGGUGCGCAGCUGACCGCGGUCGGGUCGUGACCCUUGGUGACCAUCUUUUGACCAUUAGAUACAUUCGUUCUCGUUUAGGCACGUCCCAAAAGGCACAAGGGUCAUUUGUCAUCGGCAAAGCUUUGAGAUGGUGGGAAAAAUCUUUGCAGCCAAACAUGAUUGAGGUCAACUCAGCUCAAGAAUUGGUAGAUUAUUUAUCUAAUGCUGGUGAUAAAUUAGUUGUUGUUGACUUUUAUUCCCCUGGAUGUGGAGGAUGCAAGGCUUUGCACCCUAAGAUCUGCCAACUUGCUGAAAUGAACCCAGAUGCCAUUUUUCUCAAAGUUAAUUAUGAGCUACACAAAGCCAUGUGUUAUGCCCUUCAUGUUCAUGUUCUACCCUUUUUCAGAUUCUAUAGAGGAGCUAAAGGCAAAGUCUGUAGCUUUAGCUGCACAAAUGCCACAAUCAAGAAAUUUAAGGAUGCAUUGGCCAAGUACGGGGCUUCGGACCCGUGUUUUCUUGGCCCGGCAAAGGGAUUAGAUGAAUCAGAGCUGUUGGCAUUGGCCUCAAUUGGUCAGAUAUCUGAAGAUUUAGUACUUAAGUCAGCAAAGGAAGAUAAUUUAGUAGCAGCCUAA